AUCCCUUCAGCCCGUCUCUGAUCUGCCUGAAGAUAACUUGAGCAAUGUCUUUAGUCUCUGGCCCAGGCAGAGGUGGGGGCUCAUCUGAGCUUCCAGAGGAAAUCAGUCUCGCAGCCGAAGCCCAUGUCAAAUAUAUCCAAAGUUUGGACACCCGCAAAGAUGAGCUAGAAUACCACUACACGGAACACCUGCGUCUCAACGGAGUCUACUGGGGCCUCACUGCCCUCCAUCUUCUAAACCGACCCGAUGCUCUUCCGCGGUCGGAAACAAUCGACUUCGUGUUCUCUUGCCAAAAGCCAGACGGUGGAUUCGGAGCAGCUCCUCGACAUGAUGCACAUAUGCUAUACACCUGCAGCGCCAUACAGAUUCUAGCGACUGUAGGUGCUUUAGACGAACUUGAUAAGAGAGGCCCAUGCAAGCAAAAACUGGGUGAAUGGAUUGCAAAUCUACAAAACAAAGAGACCGGAACAUUCACCGGCGAUGAAUGGGGCGAGUGCGACACUAGAUUCAUUUGCUGCGGCUUUAUUGGGCUCUCUCUGCUUGGAUUAUUGCAUCUCGCAGAUGUCGACAAAGCUGUUGGGUACAUCAAGAAGUGUCAAAACUUCGAUGGAGGAUAUGGAGUUAGUCCAGGCGCAGAAUCCCAUUCCGGUCAGAUCUUUGCAUGUCUCGGCGCGCUCUCGAUAGCAGGCAAAUUGGAUACUGUAAAGAAGGUUGAGUUAUCUGGCUGGCUCUCUGAGAGGCAGACCGAGGGAGGAGGCCUCAACGGGCGCCCAGAGAAGCUUGAAGAUGUCUGCUACAGUUGGUGGGUGGCGAGUAGUUUGGCAAUGCUUGGGUGCUUGAAUUAUAUUGAUGGAAAAAAGCUGGAAACAUUUAUUUUGAAAUGCCAGGACUCAGAGCGAGGGGGUUUGGCGGAUAGACCAGGAGAUAUGGUGGAUGUCUUCCAUACGGUAUUCGGGGUUGCGGGAUUAAGCUUGUUGGGAUACCCUGGCUUGGCUGAAGUUGAUCCGAUAUACUGUAUGCCAAAAAAGGUGACAGACAAGAUACUGGGCAGGAAGUCAUCUUGAUGGAGUUUAAUGGCUAUGGCGUUAUGGUCUGGUGGCGAUAUGUUAUCUCUCCAGUAGUGUACACGGAGAAGUAAAAGACGUUUUCUUCCAGCUUAUUCUUCUCACUUUAUCUACCAUUCAUCGUAUUUGGUCUAGACAUGCGCAGUGGUCGAACGGUCUUAACUUCGGGCUAUACUCAGCUCAAGUAUAUUUAUUCCAUUUAUUCCGUUUCCUACCUUCAUUUUCCAAUAUUUUUAUUCUCAUAGACUCUUCUUAUACGUUGAUCUGCAACUUUGACUAUGUGUUCCGUCAUAGCUACAAAACGCAUGUAGGCCAGCCAGGUGCACCUUCCCC